AUGGAACCCGGGAUCGAGAAGCAGGGAGGAUGCUCUUCUCUGCAGAGUGUAACAGUGACACACGAAGAGUCCGGAACCGAAAGUCCAUUCCUAGUCAACCGUGAGUCGAGAUAUCAACGAUGGGCGAGGGGCAUCAAAGGGCUUGAAACUCGCGGGGUCGAGCCAGUGCCCAUCGAGGAGAGGAUGAAGAACACCAAGUUUACGUCGUUUGAAAUGUUCCUUACAUGGCUAAGCAUGGGUAUGGCCAUCAACAACACGGUAACCGGAUCGCUGGGAACGCUGGUCAUGAAGCUGAGCUUCACCGAUUGUGCGCUGUGCGUAAUAUUCAGCACCCUUCUCGGGGGCCUGGCAAUUGGAUACAUGAGCACCUGGGGUCCGCGAAGUGGGAAUCGCACACUGAUUGUGUCCCGGUUCUUCAUGGGGUAUUAUCCCACAAAAGUAUGCUGCAUCCUGAAUGUGAUGUCGUGCCUCGGCACUGGGAUGAUGAGCGCGACUGUAGGAGGUCAGCUACUGUCCAAGAUAUCAGGAGGGGGUCUGUCGGUGAUAGUUGGGAUCAUCAUCGUGGCGUUGGCGAGUUGGACGAUGGCCACGUUCGGGAUGCAAAUAUUCCAGUACUAUGAAAGGUAUGCCUGGUUUCCACAGUUGAUUGUCUUCUCUCUCCUCACCGGGUCGGCUGGCCCACAAUUCGACUUCGAUAGCCCGUCGGUUGGGUCCACCGCGCAAGUCAACGCCAAACGGCUGGCGUUUUUCUCGCUAUGUCUGUCGAUUCCGCUAUCCUGGGUUCCUGUCGCUGCCGACUAUCACGUCUAUUAUUCUCCCGAUAUCAAGCGAUGGAAGAUCUGGACGGUAACUACUAUCGCCGCAAGCCUCGCGUUCACCAUUACCCUUCUGCUCGGUGCCGGACUGGGAAGCGGGGUGGCACAUAGUGCCAAGUGGAGUUCAAUCUAUGAUGGCACACCAGGAAGUCUGUUGAUGGCGGGAUAUGAUCGACUGGGACCGCUGGGGAGGCUGUGUGCCGUGGUCAACGUCCUGACGAUCGUGUCCAACAACGCGCCGGCUUCGUACUCGACUGGGAUGAACUUCCAGAUGCUCGGGAACGUGUGGCGCAGGUUUCCGCGCCCAGUGUUCACCACCGCCAGCACGCUAGUGUACGCCUCCUGUGCCAUUGGCGGCCGGGAUUCCUUAUACGAUAUCUUCAGGAGUGUUUUGCCACUGAUCGGAUAUUGGGCCAUUAUCUGGUUCACCAUCGUGGUGGAAGAAGACCAGAUUUUCAAUCGACGCCGAGGGUAUGACUGGGACGCAUGGAACGAUCGGUCGAGGCUUCCUGUUGGCAUCGCAGCCAGUAUUGCUUUUCUAAUCGGUUGGAUAGGAGCUAUCGUUGGCAUGGAUCAAACGUAUUUCACAGGCCCCGUUGCGGCUACGAUCGCGGAGGGAUGCGAUCUGGGCAUUUGGCUCGGAAUGGGCUUCGCCGCGCUAGCUUUCCCGCCCUUGAGGCUGCUUGAGGUCAGAUUCAUUGGUCGCUGA